GGCCGGGGAGUGUUGCGCAUGAGCGAACUAUUGGAACUCGUGCAGCGACGCUGAAGAGUUUUAGGCUGUAAUUGUAGGGUUGUAUUUAGUUGCUAGUGGUUUACGUACCGAUGGGGUAGUUACAUAGAAUGUAGGUAAGGGCUACACUGUUGUGUUCGAACCGGGUUGUUAUUGAACAGCUAGAUACAAGGAUGGAAACGGGUUCGGCUAUAGAAUAUAGACGAUAAAAACAAAAGUGACUAAACAUGUACUAUAGUUUGAAGAAAGUACUUAAGAGGACUGAAAUUUGACUAUUUGAUUUGAGAACUGAAAUAGUAAGGAUGAAGGAUCAGCACAUUAUUGCCUGGGUAUUAUGCCUACACUUUGUCAUGUUUGUUGAAACAUUUAGUGCCUUUCGAUUUGAAAAUCACCAAAGCCUGCUUGACCCUAUUAGAGAAAAUUCAUCUGAUAAUAUUGAAUGUUUUCUGGAAUAUAUGGAGCUUUGGGUACCACGGAGACAGAUAGAUGGAUUAGUUAUUUGGCUGUCCCAAAUUAUGAGAUUCCCAGUCAGUCUCAUUUCACUGGAUCGCUCAAAUAAGCAGCUCUCUAGAUGCAAAUACUUCUUAGAUGCUGAUGAAGAUGGAAAUUUCUUAUUUCGUGUGCACUACACAGGAUGCUAUGUACAAAUGCAGAAAGGUUUUCACAAACUUGAAAUUCACAUGGUUAAAAAGACAUCUUCAGGAAGAGGACAAAGUAAUCGGUAUCUUAUGAAAUGUCCAGCAAUGACUGCACAACUGGGAAGAGAGAAAGUGCGCUGUGACCCAAGUUAUGUUCAGGUGUCACGACCGAUACCUUUGGGAAAUGAUCAGGCUGACUGGUUUCUUUCUUUACGAGGGGAGUUAGUUGUGUCCAUGGAAGAUGCAAGUUUGAUCGGCAUCGAGGUAGAGAUGAGCAAUUCCAUCAUGACUGUGAGUGGAUUAAGAGAGCAGUUGCUGGAUGGCAUAAAGAUUUUAGACAGGCAAACUGAUGAUCUUCACCUUUGGUUGGCUCAUGGAUUUUAUGCGUAUUCACUUGAAGCUUCUUGCCCAACUGUAUCCCAACAUCCAGGAGAAGAAGUCAUCCUUCAUAUUCCUAAGCAGCGCGUGGGGUUAGUGAAAAGAGGAUCAUACAUCACAGAAAUACUGACUCUGAAGAACAUUAUUGUUGGACAGUCUGCUAAUGUCACUGUGAUUGAAAACAAGCAAUUUGUUGUUAUAAAUAUCCCUUCUAAAGAAGUAUUAAAAAGAAAGGAUUGCUACAGCACUAUAGGAAAUUAUAGAGGAGUUCAGUUUUUCUAUUGCAUUGACCUGAUGCUGGAGUUUACAGAAAUGGCAUAUCCAUUUAACUGGACUUUGGAAAACUAUUAUGAAUGUACAGUAACAGGAUCACAAAUGAUACAAUCAAAACAUGUCGCAGCUGAGAUCUUCCAUAAGGACAACCUAGAUAUAUUUUUAAAUAACUCAGAACUUCACACCACCCCAAGACCAGAAACAAGGACUGCUCGACUUAUAAAACCAACACAGUAUACCACACUUGCAAUUAUGGGAAAUUCUUCAGUUCACCCACAUGUAACAGUACAUGUAAAUAACCAUGUUAACCAUGCAAAUAUGCCUUCUCCUAUGUUACUGGAGUCAUCCAAAACUGAAAUGACUGCUUCUGGGCAUGGUGCAGAGUUAGACAAUGUGGCAUCUGGGGAAUAUUUCAACAUACUUGAAGGCUCAGGAUACUACACAGACACAAACAUUUCUGGUGCUUUACUUCUGCUCAAGAAAGUGUCAUCACAUAUACAGGCUUCUGUGGAAGUAACAAAUAACUCUACAUCAAAAAGCAAUUUAACUUCAGAAAACUUAGAAAACAAUAGGACUUUGACAUUGACUGAAAAACAAAUCUCUGUCCCAUCAGUGCCUUCAGAGAGUUAUCAGAAUCUAUCAAAUAUUGAACUUGUGAUGUUAAAUGAAGAUAAAUAUGAUGACAAGAUACCUCAAAUAAACCAAACUACCAACUUUGUGAAAGACACCACCAAUAUGUUAUCAAGGGAAACAUAUACAUCGAACAUCUCUGCUGUGUUAACAUCACAAAAUGUAGCUGGAUCUGGAACAAGUUUUGACUUCAUUAAUAAAAAUGUAGAACCACUAAAUAAGGAAUCCAAAUCACCAUCACCGGUAGUCGUGAUGUCCUCAUCUUUACACUGGUCAGUAGAUGACACAACAUCUUUGGAGAUUCUUCCACCUGAUACUGAUGAGACAUCAAAUGAUGGUUUCAUACCAGUUAUCUCUAGAAACGCUGUAUCAAACAAAUACAAGAAAAUAAAUGAAAACAAUGAUUCAAGUCAGGUAAAAUACACAAUGGAACAGGAGGAAAAACAAGUCAAAUAGUGAUACAUUUUAUAUUAUUUGAUACAUUGCUUAUCUUUGGCCCUGCUGAACAGAAUCCCUGAAUUUCAUUAAAUGCAGCUAUUAUAAUUGAUACAGUAGUCGCUAAGAUUCCACAGAAGCUGCUGAGAACAGAUCAGAAUGAAACACCAGAGACAAAAACAUUCAACUUUAAACUUCGAUUUUGGAAAAAUGGUAAAAAAAUUAAAAAUUUAAAGCAAUUGAACAAAGUAUUUAUUUCUGGUGAACAAUCUGAAAACAACUGAA